UUAUUUAUUUAUUUAUCUGUUUUCUUCAAUCUGAACUGCUAGUAGUAAAUUAACUACAAUGGCUUCUCCACCACCUCUACCAACCUCCGAUCCCGAACAUCACCACCAUACUUUCUCAUCUAUCGGCAAGGCAGGAAAAUCAUCAGGUGAAAUCGAAGGUAUGGAUUUGCCCUUAUUAAAUAACGGUCAUCGUCAAUCCAAUAAUUACUCCGUUGCUGCUGCUAUUCUUCCAUUUCUAUUUCCCGCUCUUGGAGGCCUAUUGUAUGGCUAUGAUAUCGGUGCCACCUCUUCUGCUACUAUUAAUAUAAAGUCAGCUGUCUCUAGCGGUGUCUCAUGGUACGAUUUGUCCUCCGUGCAAAUUGGUCUCAUCACUAGUGGUUCACUAUAUGGGGCCUUGAUUGGUUCUAUAAUGGCAUUUAAUGUUGCUGACUUUCUAGGAAGAAGGAGAGAGCUGAUGGUUUCAGCUGCAUCAUAUAUUAUUGGUGCUUUGAUAACAACACUUGCACCCAGUUUUGCGAUUAUGGUGAUUGGCCGCUUUAUAUAUGGUAUAGGAAUUGGACUGGCAAUGCAUGCUGCUCCGAUGUACAUUGCGGAGACAGCUGCUUGUGAGAUACGAGGUCGAUUGAUAUCCCUCAAAGAAUUCUUCAUUGUAACGGGAAUGGUGUUAGGUUAUGUGGUUGGUAGCGUCUUGGUUGAUGUAAAUGCUGGUUGGCGGUAUAUGUAUGCAACUGCAACUCCUUUUGCGGUAAUUAUGGGUAUUGGGAUGUGGUGGCUACCUGCUUCACCAAGAUGGAUUCUCCUACGAGCAAUUCAGGGAAAAGGCAAUAUGCAAGAUUUACAGGAAUACGCCAUCUACUGCUUACGCAGGCUUAGAGGUGAAGCCAUUAAUAACUCUGCGACUCAAGAAGUCGAGGAGAUUCUGGUUGAACUGUCUUAUAUCAGUGAGGAAGGCGAAGCUACCUUUGGGGAGAUGUUUCAGGGAAAAUGUUUGAAGGCCCUGGUUAUUGGUGCGGGUAUAGUCUUGUUCCAGCAGAUAACUGGUCAACCUAGCGUACUUUACUAUGCUGCAUCUAUUUUCCAGACUGCAGGGUUUUCUGCUGCAUCGGAUGCUACGAAAGCAUCUAUUUUUCUUGGCUUGAUAAAGUUAAUCAUGACUGGUGUAGCUGUUUUGAUUGUUGACAAACUUGGGAGGAGACCCUUGCUUUUAGGGGGCGUUUCUGGCAUGGUAGUCUCAUUGUUUCUCAUGGGGUCAUUUUACACUUACCUCGGUAAUGUGCCUGCAGUAGCUGUUGCUGCAUUGCUGUUAUAUGUUGGAUGUUAUCAGAUAUCUUUCGGUCCUAUUGGCUGGUUAAUGAUUUCUGAGAUCUUCCCUUUACGCUUACGAGGGCGUGGAUUAAGUUUAGCAGUCCUUGUAAAUUUUUCCGCCAAUGCACUUGUUGCAUUUUCCUUUUCUCCAUUAGAGACACUGCUUGGGGCUGGAAUACUUUUCUUUAUCUUUGGAGGCAUUGCAGUGGCAUCUCUUGUUUUCAUCUACUUCAUUGUACCAGAAACAAAAGGGCUCACUUUAGAGGAGAUCGAGGCUAAACUCCUAUGACAGGGAAUCUUGAUUGCGAAUUCCCUGGUAUAGAGUAUGUCAUAGUCCAUUUUCACUUUUAUUUCAGACAGUUAAGCGGCCAAUAUAUCAUUUUAUUAUAAGUAUAUAUGAUGUAACUUAUGAAUUAUAAAUUUAACAAGCUUCAUUAUCACGAUGUGGUUUUACUUGAA